AUGCCCUAUUCCAACUUACUAGACAUUCGAAAUAGCUGGAUCACCGAGCCAAAAAACUACUUUUUACUGGAGAAGAGUGUACUUUUGAUGUGCCAAGUUUUCUAUGAAAAGACAGUAGCAGCGUUACUUACCCUGACCAAGAAAACUGUGCGUAAACAAAAGCACAGUACGUUUCAUGAACUUUUGACGUCGGUAGAACGUUAUGACAGCUUCAGUGUGACAGCUUUCAGAAGCUCUUAUGCAUGUAUUAUGUCACUGCAAGCUGUCAUAAUGGUGACGACCAAAUUCAAAAUCGCUUCUGCUGAGGUACUUCUUUCUGAUCAUCAGUUCCAGUAUGUGCUGUCUUCAUCAUUUGAUCAAGAUCUAGAAAGGUUUUUUGGCAAUGCCGGGCAACGGUACAUCGGUACAUCGGUAUUUCUACUUCAAUAUUACAGAUGUUCUGGCCGCUGCCAAAGUUUGAUGUAG